ACCCGCCGCUUCACACGCGCUCGGUUCGCUGCACAGGUUUCGUGAGGGGGCAUGUCAGCCAGCAGCCCUCUCCACUUCUAGGAAAGCAGCUCGCGACUAGUCCUCUUCUCCGUUUGCAACCCCGCUUUCUCCUUCUCGCACCAUGGACACCUCCGCGCUCUCCGCGGCCGCCCACGCGCUCCUUCUCCUCAGCUUCCUCGAGUUCAAUGGGCUGCCUUCGGUUCUGGGUGGCGGAGGUCCGCUUGGGAAGCGCCAGAGGAGCUGCCCGGCCGCCUGUCACUGUGAACCGGACGGGAUGCUCUUGAGGGUGGACUGCUCGGACCUGGGCCUCAGCGGCGUGCCCGCUAACCUCAGCGUGUUCACCUCUUACCUUGACCUCAGUAUGAACAACAUUUCUAAGCUGCCUUCGAAUUCUCUGCACAAUCUUCGAUUCCUGGAUGAGCUUCGUCUUGCAGGAAAUGGCUUGACACAUAUCCCCAAAGGAGCAUUUGCUGGACUUUUCAGCCUUAAAGUACUGAUGCUUCAAAAUAAUCUGCUAAAACAAGUUCCCACUGAAGCUUUACAAAACCUUCGGUCUCUCCAGUCUCUACGUCUGGAUGCUAAUCACAUCAGCUUUGUACCUCCCAACUGUUUCAGCGGCUUGGUUUCACUCAGACACCUGUGGCUUGAUGACAACUCUUUGACAGAAAUCCCAGUACAGGCUUUCCGGAGUUUGCCUUCACUUCAGGCAAUGACACUGGCACUGAACAAAAUACACCACAUUCCUGACUAUGCUUUUGGGAAUCUCUCCAGCUUAGUAGUUCUCCAUCUCCAUAACAAUAAGAUCUACUCCAUGGGAAAGAAAUGCUUUGAUGGUCUCCACAGCCUAGAGACUUUAGAUUUAAAUUACAACAAUCUGGAUGAAUUCCCUAUUUCUGUGAGGUCACUCAGACACCUGAAAGAACUGGGAUUUCACAGUAAUAACAUUAGGUUGAUACCUGAAGAAGCAUUUGUGGGCAAUCCAUCACUUACAGCCAUCCUUUUUUAUGAUAACCCCAUUCAGGUUGUAGGGAAGUCGGCUUUUCGGCAAUUACCUGAGCUAAGAACCUUGACAUUAAAUGGUGCUUCACAGAUAACAGAGUUUCCUGAUCUGACUGGGACAAGAAGUCUGGAAAGCUUGACUCUUACAGGAACUCAGAUUACAUCUCUUCCUGAUACUGUCUGUGAUCAACUCCCCAGUCUCCAAGUACUAGACCUCUCAUAUAAUCAGCUGAAAGACUUGCCUCAUUUCACCGCCUGUGAAAAACUUCAGAAAAUUGACUUACAUCAUAAUGAAAUAUACGAAAUCCAAACAGGCACAUUUCAGCAGCUGGUUGCCCUGCGUUCUCUGGAUUUAGCUUGGAAUAAGAUAUCAAUCAUUCAUGCCAAUGCAUUCUCCUCUUUACUGUCCCUCAAUAAACUAGAUCUGUCAUCCAACCUUUUGUUCUCUUUUCCUGUAACUGGCCUAUAUGGUUUAACUCAUCUAAAAUUAACAGGAAAUCAUGCACUACAAAGUUUGAUAUCAUCUGAAAACUUUCCAGAACUCAAGGUCAUAGAAAUGCCUUAUGCGUACCAGUGUUGUGCGUUUGGAGCUUGUGACAGCUACUACAAAAUCCAGAACCAGUGGAACAAAGCAGAGAACAGCAGUGCAGAUGAAUUUCAGAGAAAAGAUGUUAGCAUUUUCCAUACACAUGAUGAACAUGACUUUGAGGAUUUUCUUCUUGACUUUGAUGAAGAUCUGAAAGCUCAUCAUUCAGUACAGUGUUCUCCCUCUCCAGGACCCCUCAAGCCUUGUGAUCACCUUUUUGGGAGUUGGCUAAUCAGAGUUGGAGUUUGGAUCAUAGUGGUUUUGACCUUUAUUUGCAAUGUACUAGUGGCUGUCACAAUCUUCAGAUUCCCACAGUUCAUCUCCUCUAUAAAGUUGUUAAUCGGACUAAUCGCCCUUGUGAACACUCUCAUGGGCAUGUCCAGCAGUGUGCUCGCCAGUGUGGAUGCACUAACGUUUGGGGUCUUUGCUCACUAUGGUGCUUGGUGGGAGAGUGGAGUAGGUUGCCACAUUACUGGCCUUCUCUCUGUCUUUGCUUCUGAAGCUUCCAUUUUCCUGCUCACUUUAGCAGCUCUUGAGCGCUGGUUCUCUAUGAAACAUGCCACAAAGUUUGAAACGAAAUCCACCUUCACUAGCAUAAGAAUAGCCAUUUUCUUCUGUUUUGUUUUGGCUUUAAUUACUGCAGUGGUUCCACUGUUGGGUGGAAGUGACUAUGGAGUUUCUCCCUUCUGCAUACCAUUACCUCUUGGGAAGCCAACUGCUGUAGGGUACAUGGUAGCACUGGUCUUGCUGAACUCUCUUUGUUUUCUUAUAAUGACAAUAUCCUAUACAAAACUUUACUGCAGUCUGGAUAAGGAGGAAGUGGAUAAUACUUUGGACUGUUCCAUGAUCAAGCAUAUAGCUUUACUGCUUUUUACUAACUGUAUUCUUUAUUGCCCUGUGGCCAUCUUGUCAUUUUCUUCUUUGUUAAACCUUACUUUUAUUAGCCCAGAAGUAAUUAAACCAAUACUUUUACUGAUUGUACCCCUGCCUGCAUGUCUGAAUCCACUUCUCUACAUAUUUUUUAAUCCUCAUUUCAAGGAGGACUUGGCAAGUCUUCAAAAGCAGACAUUUGCAUGGAAAGCAUCAAAGCAUGCCAGUUUGGUUUCUGUUAAUUCAGAUGAUGCAGAAAAACAGUCAUGUGAUUCAACACAACCUCUAGUAACAUUUACAAGCCCCAGCUUAUCAUAUGAUAUUGCCCCCAGCAAUUCACUAGUGCCAUCAUCCUAUCGAAUGAAUGAAAAUUGUAAUCUUUCUUCAGUAACAUUUGUUCCAUGUCAUUAGUUUCAUUUCAAAAAUAUUUACAAUGUUUACAAAAAAUUUGAUCUGAAUUGAGUGUCUCUACUGUUUCCAACAUUGACUCUGGUGCUUUGCAAUAGACUGAAAAUAGAUGACUAAAUGAAGUAAGCAACUAAGAAAGUGAUGUGUUCCAAAGAGGGUAAUACAACACUGCCCUUUCUUGCAUCCUUUUCUUGUUUUCAUUAGUGAACUUCCACUAAGCCUAUUUUGAAAGGAUUAAAACUACAAAUACUGUUAUCUUGCCGUGUGAAAGCCAUUUAACUUUUUUGGUCUAGCUUCUGGAUAUGUAAGUACUGAAUUACACUACAUGUAUAUAAAUGGCUUUUAAAAUGGUUACAAUUGGCCUUUGAUCUUUGCCCAACUUGUUAGCAUCUGAGGUGCACACUUACAUUGGAAAGACAGCUAACAGCAUGUUUGGAAGAGAUACAGUACACAGAAUCAUUAAGCUGAUGUGUAUCAUUAAGAAAGAAAAUGAACAAAUGUAGAAACUGAAUCAGAGAAAAAAUUCAGCUGCAAGGUUACUGUAUCAUAUUCCUUAAUUUCCAUGGAGUUUGAAACAGUGCAGCAUAUAGUUGCAAAGUUGUUUUUAAAACCACUUUAGAUUAAAGAGAGGAUCUGACCAUUGCACAAUACUUAGUUAUUACGUGUUUAUAUAGCUUUAUUUUUACUGUGGUUCAGUUACAGAGUGCUGCUUAUUGUCAAUGAAAUAUUCCUCACCGUAUACCGUAUUUCUUGCUCCAUAAGACGCACCUAAUUUUUAGAGGAGGAACACAGGGAAAAUAUAUU